UGUUUCCCUGAUGCUUUCCCUCAGUCCCCGGGUCCUGGCCUCAUCAGGGCUGUGGGGGGAGCAAGGCACAGUGUCCCCUAUUUCCUGAGGGAGCUCUGCCCCAGUGUACACAAAUCUAUUGGUAUAUACAUAUUCCCAUAAGGUGUUUUCAGUUUUCUGUGUUGGGGGUCCAGUUUGCUGCUGUGGUUAGAAAGUGUCAGUAUCUUAACAGGAGCGGAUUUAUUGUAUAACAACAGGAUCCUGGUUUUGCAGAAUCGCACUCCAAAGUGCAUUAAAGACUCCCUGUGUAUUGAAUGAGCAGUCGUUUGUGGGGUGGGAAACCAUAGCUGUUUGGUAGUGCACAGCAACACGAAACAACAGUUUUGGGUGAGAGAUGAUGAACAAUCCCAUAUAGAACUGUAAUGGCUGGGGAGAUGUAACGAACUAGACUAUAAUUACACAGAUUGAAAUUUGAACAGUAUUCCUGGUUAAUGCCUGAUUCUCCCACCUCAAAAAAAAAAAAAAAGGAGAGGGGGGGCAAAGCAUCAUGGAAUCUUUGUGACUGCAUUAGUAUGAGACUUAAGCUUUAUUCCUCUUUGGAAAGACUGACCCUCAUGCAGCAUAGAGUCUUUAAUACCCAUUGUGUCAUUGGUCUGAGCCAAGUGUGCCACCUAUUAAGUCAUUCACAGUCCCUUUGUGACUGGUAGAGGUCUCCCAUCCAUGUACUGAGCAGGCCCAGCCCUGUUUCUUGCAUAUAACAGCUGAUGGUAUGACAUCACAUGGUGUUCUGAAUGCAGGCCAUUUCACUUUUAGGCUGGAUACUGGGACAUAGUGCUUCAAGGAAGAAAAUGCAAUCUUGUGUCCGUGUCAGGCAUAAACUUGUCUUUAAUUGCUAUAGCAUGAGGCGGUCUUGGCUGGGAAGGGGAAGUGGUAGCCCUAAUUUUAAAGGGAAGACUGAGCUGUAGCACAAGAAGAACAGUUUGCCUGUAUUAGUCCUAUUGGGCAGGUCCAAGUAGACAUUGUCCAUGGAUGAGCUGGUGCAUGACUUGGCCUCGGCCUUGGAGCAGACCUCAGAACAAAACAAGCUGGAUGAGCUGUGGGAAGAGAUGGCCCUGAGCCCAAGGCAGCAGCGGCGGCAGCUUCGCAAGAGGAGGGGUCGUAAGCGGCGCUCAGACUUCACGCACCAGGCGGAGCAUGCCUGCUGCUACAGUGAGGCUUCGGAAUCAAGCCUGGAUGAAGCCAUGAAGGACUGUCGUGAGGUGUUGACUGCCAACUUCAGUGACUCAGAUGACAUGGCUGUGGCCAAACGCCACCCAGCUCUGAGUGCCACCCUAAAGAGCAAGCAGCAUUCUUGGCAUGAGUCGGACUCCUUCACAGAAAAUGGACCCUGCCGGCCCCUCAGGCGUCGCCGGAAGGUGAAACGUGUGACCUCAGAGGUAGCUGCUAGCCUCCAGCAGAAACUCAAGGUGUCGGAGUGGAACUAUGAGAGAGGCUAUAGGUUCAAGUCAGCCAAGAAGCAGCGUCUGUCACGCUGGAAGGAGAACGCCCCUUGGACUUCAUCCAGCCAUGGCCUGUGCGAGUCAGCAGAGAACAGGCCCUUCCUCAGUAAAGCGGGGAGGAAGGAGAGGAUGGAGUGUGAAGCGGAUGAACAAAAACAGGGUUCUGAUGAAAACAUGUCUGAAUGUGAAACCAGCAGUGUAUGCAGCAGCAGUGACACUGGCCUUUUCACCAAUGACGAAGGCCGUCAAGGGGAUGACGAGCAGAGUGAUUGGUUCUAUGAGGGAGAAUGUGUCCCAGGAUUCACCGUCCCCAACCUCCUGCCCAAGUGGAGAGCUGAUCACCGGUCUGAGGUGGAACGAAUGGACUCUGGACUGGAAAAACUCUCCGACUCUACGUUCCUUUUGCCUUCCCGGCCUGCUCAGAGGGGGUUUCAUGCCCGUCUGAACCGCCUUCCAGGAGCUGCUGCCCGUUGUCUCAGAAAGGGACGUAGGAGGCUUGUUGGCAAGGAGACCAGCUUGAGCACUCUGGGCAGUGAGAGGAUGAGCCAUAUCAUUAGUGACCCACGUCAGAAAGAAAAGAACAAAGUGCUGGCUUCCGAUUUCCACCACAUUGUGGCCUGUGCACAUGAGUUCAAUCCGUUAUCUCCUUUGUACUCUCUGGAUGUUCUUGCUGAUGCCUCCCACAGAAGAUGCUCACCAGCACACUGCACUGCCAGACAGACAAAUAUACACCUGGGACCACCCUGCUCAAGGGAUAUCAAGAGGAAACGAAAGCCAGCAGCAGCUGUAGCCUCUCUUUCCAGCCCUACUUCAGCUUUACCUGUCCACAUGGAUGCAGCAGACUCAUCCCUGCCAGCGACACAGUCCCAGAGGUCCCAGAGCUCUGACUGGACGGUCAGAACCCAGGCAGCAGAGAAAUCCACUGUUGCUGCUCCAUCUAACUUCUUUAAAACACCACAAGAGAAGGGCCCUGGAUACAGCUAGAUGGAGGUGUCUCUAUUCGGAGCUGGUUGCGUUUAUGAAAUGUUGGACUUUGAAGUACAUCAGCACCGAACGUCUCAUUUGGCAAUAACCAUCUCAUCAGUGUUGGUGCGUGAUGCUCACCAUCCUCCAGACUCAGCUGUGUGCCCCAUACAUCCCGAGAUCAUGUUUGUGAAUCUGUGUAAAAAGUAACUGGUGAUGCUGGGGCUGCAGCUUUUUUAAAACAUUCCUGCUAUUGCUGUGAGUACUUAUUACACACUCAUCUCCUACCCCAGCACCUGUUAGCAUCUGCUGGGAUGUGUACAGAGCCUUGUGGGUUUGCAGGUGUUGGUCUUUGUUAUGAAGCUGGUCACCACUUGGGCAUAUCGUUUGUUGCAAAAGGCUGAAUAUAGCAGGAGAAAGCCCUAUUGCAGCUCUGCAGAGGCAAGAAUCUGUCUUUGGCAAGCAUAAUGUCAGAAACAAAGGCCAGCUUAGUAUCCCUGGUCAGGGGAGGAGGCGGGGAACAGAGAGUGCAAACAGGUUUGAAAUGUGGGACUUGAAUUCUGUAUUAGCAAAAUGCCUAACGGCCUCUCACUAAGGGACUUGGGAGUCAAGAUGUUGCUUCUAAUGAAGCAAAUGUGGUGCUUGUCCUGUCAGGAAUUGCCAGUGGCUCACUGUCAGCAUGGUCCUUCAGCGUUUUUUGUCCUUCCUUGUUUGGAGUGUCUUUAGUCUUGCCCUGUGAAUUGCAGUAUUCUUUCCUUAUUCCCCAUCCUCUCCAUUUGUCCUGCUGGACAAGGGGUUGGCAGAACUAAUUAGGCAAAAAUGUGCAGACUGGAGUUAUGAGAGGAAGCUUGGAUCAAGUUGCCCUAAAAUAUCCUCUGAGAAGUCUUCACUGGGGAGAUGACAGAGAGGAAAUAUUGGAAUACUAUCCAUGGGCAUCCAGCUUCAGACGCUACAGUAAGCAAUCCCCAGGACACUUGAAGUUGAAGUCCAUGUCCCACUGUGUACUAAAAGUCAUAUAGAGUAUUAUCUGAGUUCAAAGCACUCUCUACAGAUUGAACCACUUCCCCGUCUCACGUUCUCCCUGUCUUCCUCAAAGGUUAGUGUUCUGAAGUAUAUCUAAGUGGGGUUCCCCUCUGUCUCUGGAGUAUAUAUGGGAGUGGUCUCCCUCUAUCACUGAUUGUACUCUGUUCUGUAGUAUAUAUGGGAGGGGUGUCCCUGGAUUUCCAGUUGUACUCUGCUCUGUGGUAUAUAUAGGAAGUGUUUGCCUUCUCCACCUUUCCUUGCACCCCGAUGGCAUUUGUUGUGCAGUAUAUUGGGGAGCGUUCUUUUCUCCCCACAACCCUUUCCCUUUAUCCCUGAUUGCUCUUCACUUUGCAGUAUUGAUGAGGGGGUCUCUCCUGCCUUCUCUUUUCCUGUAUCCCUGGUUGUACUCUGCUUGUUUCCCUAUCUCUUGAAAAACCUCUCUACAGCUGCAUUCUGGGUUACAUAUUUAGCAGAUGUGCCUGGAUAGGGUGUACAAAAGGAACCAUGCCAUGCUUGCUUGACAACCGUAGUUGCCUUGUGAGCUCUUGAGUGUUUUCAAAUAGGUGGCCCUUGUCAUUACAAAACCUACUGGUUGGCUGAGUGGGUGGAGCACCAGAAAGGACCAUCCAUUAAGAGCAAAAAUAAAUUUUCAGCAUAGGGGUGGAACUUGCACCCCUGGAUGCAGAUGAUGGAUUUGCAUGUUUCCCUUGCUUUGCUCUCUAUGACCUAUAAAUCAAAUGAGUGAGGGAUAAAUUUGAUUAUGAGCAUAUCAGAAAAUGUUUUAAUUGUUUUUAAAUUUUCUUUGUAUUAAAAUUUUAAAAUUAAAUGGCCAGCCAUGAAGACUCAUAACACAAAAAGUAAGUUACAAAAUCAAACAAAAUGCUCUCGAACAAUCUAAAUCAUGACUGAUGAAUAGUUACAUUAGACAGAGUGUCCAUGUCUUAUCCACUAAUACCUAUUUACUCUUGGGGAGAGACCCAAAUUGGAUUUAUGUUUUGUCCCAAGGAAACUCUCAGCUCUGCCCACGUAAAUCCCUCUGAAAAAUCUCAUGCGUCUUUCUUAUACAUAUUGAAAUACCUUAGAGGGAGAGCCUUGUUACCCUUGUACAGGAGCACAAAGGUUAAAGGCUAGUUUGGAUUAUCUGUGAGCAAUUACAAGGGAUUUGAGGGGAAAGAAAUGUUCAGAUGAAGUUAGUGUCUUUACAUUCUUAUUUUUGUGCUUUGUAUAAAACCAAGUCUGUAGCGCUUAACAAGUAAUAAAGACAGACCUUACCAUGAAGAGCCUGCGAUCUAAAACCCGUACAGAGAAGAUGGGGCACUGGGAAAACAUAAUUUAGGGAAUAACUUGGCUUUUUUAUUAUUUCAGUCCUUGUGGGCAAAGCAGGAGAUAAACUCCAUCCAACUGCUAAUUUGCUUCUUGGUUAUAGGGGGUGGUGUUUCAAUGGAGAGAUGAAUGGAGUUGUUAGAUACUGUUUGUUUAAUGCAAGGGUGAGCACAGGUAGGGGAUAUGUGUUAAAGAGUGAGGGGCUGUGAGCAUUGAGGAACUGAGAGUAAGUAACGUCACUCCUAUUCCCUGCAUUUGUUGAUAAUCCAAUAGUGGGUUGCAGCUAACUGCAGGUUAGCUGUGUAGUCGUCCUAUGGUCCCUUGUUUCAAUUCCAUAAACCUUUCCUUCCAUGAACAGUUGUAUUCAUCAUUUUAAAGCACAGUUGUAUUCAUCAUUUUAAACCAUUUCCCUGGCUUCCUCAUGAAAGCGAAUUAGACCAGUGGCCUAUUGUGGUACUUGGUUGUCUCUUAGAAGAAGCUCAGAAACUUCAGUGAUGAGUGCCAUUAGAAGAAUUUAGACAGGCCACCUACCCUAACAAAACACACUCUGAAAUUAGACUUCUUUGUUUUUACUUCCAGUGUUAGAGUGGAGACUAUGUAUCUCUGCUGUUCAUAGAUUCCAAGGCCAGAAGGGACCAGUGUGAUCAUCUCGUUUUACCUCCUGUAUAACACAGGCCAUAGAACUUCCCCAAAAUAAUUCCUAGAGCAGAUCUUUUAGACAAACAUCCAAUUUGACAAUUUUUUAAUCAAGUGAUGGAGACUCCACUAUGACCCUUCAAAAGUUGUUCCAGUGGUUAAUUACUGACUGUUAAAAAAUGUACAUGUUAUUUCUAGUUUGAAUUUGUCUAGCUUCAGGUCCAGCCAUUGGAUCGUGUAAUACCUUUCUCUGCAAGAUUGAAGGAGCCCAUUAAAUAUUUCUUCCCCAUGUCGAUACUUAGACUGUAAUCAAAUCACUCCUUAACCUUCUGCUCAUUAAGCUAACUAGAUUGAGCUCCUGGAGAAUUUCACUAUAAGGCAUAUUUUCUAAUGGUUCGAUCAUUCUCAUGGCCGUUCCCUGAGCCCUCUCCAAUUUAUCAAUAUCUUUCUUGAAUUGUGGACACCAGAACUGGACACAGUAUUCUAGCAGCAGUUGCACCAGGGCCAAAUACAGAGGUAAAGUGACCUCUCUGCUACUUGAGAGUUUCCUGUUUAUGCAUCCCAGGAUCAUAUUAGCUCUUUUAGCCAUGGCAUUGGGAGCUCAUGUUCAGCUGAUUAUCCACCAUGACCCCCAAAACUUUUUCAGAGUCACUCCUUCCCAGAAGAGAGUCCCACAUUCUGUAAGUAUGGCCUACAUUUUGUUCCUACAUCUAUCCAUUUCCAUUUAACCAUAUUAAAACACAUAUUGUUUGUUUGCGCCCAGCUUAUCAAGUGAUACAGAUUGCUCUGUCUUCAUUAUUUAUUCCACCCCCCAAUUUGUGUCACCUGAAAACUUUAUCAGUGAUUAUUUUGUUUUCUUCCAGAUCAUCGAUAAAAAUGUUAAAUAGCAUAGGUCAAGAACCGAUCCCAGUGGGACCCCGUUGGAAACGCACACACUUGAUGAUGAUUCUCCAUUUACAGUUACAAUUUGAGACCUGUAAAUUAGCCAGUUUUUAAUUCAUUUAUUGUGUGCCAUGUUAAUUUUAUAGUUCUGUCAGUAUAUAUAGAUAUUCUGCAAAAUCAUAAACAUCAGAGAUGGAAAAGUUCUAUUAAAAUGGGGCUUUUCAAUGUUUUCUGUACUUUGACCUCAUGUUACAACAGAAAACAUGAUAUGACCUUCCUUCUAACCUUAAGAAGGUGGUCACAAUCCCCAAAACCCAUUUGCAACACCCAUGUUCACAAGACAUGUAUGAAAACAGGCAGUCUUUCAUUGCUAAUGCAGGAUUGCUCCCUACAAAAGCAUUUUCUAGUGCUUUGUCCAGUCUAGCUUUAAAUAUCCCUAGAGAAAGACCCUUCACAGCUUCCCUUGGUUGCAAGUCUAUUAAUCAGCCUAAUACAUCUCACUGAGAGUUUUCCUAACAGUCAUCUUAAUUUUCCCCUGUCUUAAAUUCAUCUCGUUACUCCUGGUUAUAUUCACUUAUAUCACCCUACAUAAUUCCUCUCCCUCCUGGGUGCUAGCACCAUUCACCAUUAGUAGAUUGUUAUAUGGAAUCAGCAGCCUAGUCUCACUAUUGAGGGGUCCAGACUGCAACUCUAUGUUCUCAGAGGGCAGGUUGGAAACUAUUUAUUCUCAAAUUUUCCUGUUGAUGUCAAUAGAGCUGCUGAUCGAAGCAAGGACUGUGGGAUCAAGCUCUUAGAUUGUAUGCUCUUCAGGUCAGGGUACCGACGAUUUUCUUUUGUCUGCAAAGGAUUGAGCAUACUUAUGGCACUAUUGAAAUAAUAACCAUAGCAGACACCUCCUUUGUAGGUAGCAUCUCCUGCCAUGGGAUGUUUCCAAAAGGGCUGGAGGUCUCAAUCAUGUGAGUUCCUGCAACUGCUUUCCCUUUCCCACUUGCAGUCUAGAAUCCAAUUAUGGGUCAGCCAGGCUCUGGGCAGGAUUGCUGAUUUGUAGGGGAUUCCACAAGCUGAGUUUGGGACAAAUGUUGCACCCUGUGCUGUGACUCCAGAAAUUGGAGUGUUAUGCGAUUUUUGUUGUAAAAUCCCUUUCAGAGAUCAGUAGCUUGCUUCAGGUUUUAAAUAAAGAUUCUUAGUAUUGCUGUGAUCCAGCUGAUUUAUUUUGUUUCUCUUUCUCUAGGGCAGGUGUUCUCUUUCCUCUCCUUCCCCUCAGUCAUGUCGUUUAUUGUAUGUCCAGGCUCCUUGCCCAUCUCUGAGGAAUGCUACUUGUGGCAGCAAAGGGAGUAAGGGGACAAAGGUUUUUAAGAAGCAAGUGUCAGUAAAAUAAUAAAACAAGGAAACUUUAUGCAAUGAUCCUGCUUCCAGGGCAGCAGGAGCUGACACCCACCUCAGAGAGCUGGUGCUGAGUCCCAGCAUGAGGCUAAGGCCUGGUCAGCACUUGUAAUUUAAAUUCCCAUAGCUGUGAUGCUUAAGGGUGUGAAAAAUCCACAUCCCUGAAUGCCAUAGCUCUGCUGACCUUUCCCCUGGUAUAGACACAGCUAGGUCAAUGAAACAAUGCUUCCAUCGACCUAGCUACCGUCGUUAUGGGGAGGUGGUGUUCCUACAGAAACAGAAAAACCGCUUCCAUCACUGGAGGCUGAAUCUACAUAUGGGGUUAUGCUGACAGCUAUGGCACUAUAGUGUAGACAUGGCCUUAGCUGCCCCACUUUAACUCUGUUGGGAUUGUUAAAGUGGUAAAACUCCCAGUGUGGAUGUAGUCUUACUGGUAUACAGGUGCUUUUACCGGUAUAGCUACCUCUGUACAGGAAGGGGAAUAACUACUGGUGUAAAUCACUUUUAUACCAACUGCAGCCACACUGGGGAUUGUACCCAGUAUAGUUAUUUUAGUAAAAAUCCACACCACUAAUUGAUACAGUUAUACUGAUAGACCUUUCAGUUGUAGACCAGGCCUUAGUGAAGCAGGAGCUGGAAAGAUCAGAGUCUGUGCGACUCUGAAGGGAGCAGGAACACAGUCCUGGCUCAGGGAAAAUCAACAGCCCAGAGCAAAGUCCCACUGUUACACUUAGGCUUUGUCUACACUAACACUUUUGUUGGCAAAACUUUUAUCGGUCGGAGGGACACCCCUGACCUACACAAAUUUCACCGACAAAAGCACUGGUGUGGACAGCGCUAUGUCAGCGGGAAAUGCUCUCCUGCCAACAUAGUUACCACCGCUCAUUGGAGGUGGUUUAAUCAAGCCAGUGGAAGAGCUCUCUGUCGGCAUACAGCAGCUACGUUGGAGGCCUUACAGCAGCGCAGCCGCACUGGUACAGCUGUGCUGCUAUAAGGUCCGUAGUGUAGACGUAGCGUUAGAAAGUUAGUUAAGAGACUGGAGGCCUCUGGAAAGAUGUGGGAGGUCCAGAAGCUGAGUGUGGGCACAAAUGUUCAGAAGACUGAGAGAUAUUUGAGCUGUAGAAACAAAGCUUUACUGAACUAAGGUAGAAUGUGCAGGAGACAGGGCAUUAUAAUGAAAUCUGUUUGUUUGAGGAUCCUCUUGGACCUGUUCCAUGGUCUCUCACCAACCUCACCAUGUGGCUUUAAGCUUCAGUCCCCCACUUCAGAUCUCUUUCCUUUUUCUUUCUUUUUGUUAUUUUUUUCCCUUUGAAAAUAAAGCUUCAUUUAAUGACAAGGCUGGAAUGAUGGAUGUGAGGUGGAAGAGAAUUCCACAGCUGGGAGGAGCAUAUGGCUAAAACAUCUUCAAAGCUAAAGGUCCUGGAAUAGUAGAUGCUACGAAACCAGCACUGGCUGAUCUCACAGCCUGGUAAUUGUGGGAGAACAAGGAAGCCCCUUUUUUAAAAAGGGGCAAGACCACUUGAAGUCUUCUGUGGAAGAAGUGUCAUCUUGCAACUAGUGUCUUACUGAUAUAGGUAUUUGAUGCCCCCUAUCACCGUCGUAUCUGAGCGGCUCAACUACCGUGCCAUUUAUCACUGUGAAAAUCAUUUUUGGAGGAGAGAGAUGUUCUGAAUGUUUAACUGUGAGGAGGAGAGAAUUUUGGUUGCUGCCUGGAGAAUCUAUGGACCACAAGCCCAGCUCUGCAGUGGUCCUGUCCUGCCAGUUGUGAUGCAGUGUACUGUCAGCUGUGAUGCACAGAGCAGAAUUACAGAUAUUUUUUCUGGAAGAUGGAACAGAAGCUUAAAAAGGGAGAGUGAAACAUGGGAAAAGAGAAUCUGAUAUUACAUGGAAAUCAAAAGCUAAGUUAAGGACAGCCAGAAGAAUGUGAAAAAGCUAAAGUAACAAUGGUUGGUACAGGUCAAAGGGGAAUGUAGGUGAUACUUUCUGUAGGACAGAACGGAAAGCACUGUAGUGUCAUAUAGACAGAGAAGAUAAUAGAGAGGCUGAGUUGGAACCUUUGCAGGACCUAUGUAGUUACAUUUCCUGCCUUUGACUUCAGUCCAACAUGCUGACAGCACCGAGAUGGAUAGUGAAAGGUCUGCAAGGGCAACACAUUGACCCUUCUGAGACAGCUGUAUCUUCAUGACAACAUUAGGAAAGAUGCCCAGAAAAUUUUUAGUUCGGGUAGUUAUUGGUAAAUGUACCACCUAGCUCAAAGGCUCAGCAGUGGAUUGUAUGAAACCUUUAUCUGUUAAGUCACUGAUUUUGACUUCACCCGGAAGUGACUAAAACAGAUUGCUAGCUUGCAGAUCUCUGGUAGAUUUUAAGAUGAUUGCUCGCAGUCUGUUAUGGUCUUAGUGGACAGAUGUAUACCACACAAUUAUUAAUCACCAACAACGUGCUUGGCUCUGUGUAAGACAGGAAAUACAGAUAGCCCCUGCCUAGGCUAGCUUAUUUAAAGAGAAAUACUGAAUAUGAAAACAAAAAAUACUGUUGCCAUGGGAACUGAUUAAUACUUGUGUUGGUAGUAUCAGGUGAGACAAAGGACUGAAUGAGCUGUGGAAGUGAUUGUGUGGUGAACUGGGAAUAGCAAUGCUGACUCACCUUUGCCCAGUGCUUUGAGAUCUAUGUAUGAAAAGUGCUAUAGAUAAGUUGUGUCUUUAGAUUUUCCCUAGAUGUAACUGUAUUUUCCAGGUUGAAUUUAAUUUUAUUCCUGUAUUUUCAACCUCUUCUUGUUUAUAAUUCUUUGCCUUGCUGCUAUUCACAAUUUCCCAGUUAGAUUUAAUGUAAUGUGCUGUCUCCUCCCAUUUCCAGAGCAUUAAUGAAGAAGUUAAAUAAGACUGGACCUUACACUCAAGCCGUGUAGCUCUCUAUUGAACUUCUUGCCCCAUCUCACCAUGUUGUCAUUUAUUAUUAAUUAUUUUUAUUACAGUAGCCCUUAAGCGCCCUAGUCAUAGAUCAAGACCCCAUUGCGCUGGGCCCUAUUCAAACACAGAACAAAGACUGUUCGUUCCCCAAAUGGCUUACUCAUUAUGCUCUUGGCCUUUCAUCUAAUCUGAGUCCAUGGUGUGCUCAGAAUUAUUGUCAGCUCCGUGAGAACAAGUAAGAUUUUUUGUGAUGCUGUACAAAGUGAAGUCCGGUUCUAUCGCACUGUGUUCACUUGUGAAGGUGAUCGCUCACUUCAUGAGCCUCCUAGGGGGUCGGUGAGGACAAAGCAGGCUGUCUUCUUUCCUAGUGCCCCCUGUUGACAGUUGUACCAGCACAGCAGUAGUCUGCCCUUUCAGUGACUCAGCCCUCUGGCCAAGUCAUGAAUUGUGUCCACCCCUUUCAGGGUACACAGAGUCCAACAGAGGAUAGCCUUAGUGUCAGGCAAAGAGGUUCCAGGCCACAUUGGGUCAAGGUCCCAGAGUCAUGACCCUCUGGGUUAUAGAGUCUUCCUAGUCCAUAUUCCUCUGUAUCCGGUGUAGGCUCUUUGCCUUCAGCCCUAUCUGCGGGUUGGUAGGGGAACCCAGGCCUAUCCUCUCCACCGCAGGGCUGGCUCCAGGCACCAGCGUUACAAGCAGGUGCUCGGGGCGGCAGUCAGAAAGGAGCGGCAGAGUUUUCCGCGGCAGCAGCAAUUUGGCGGCAGCUUCCCCGUUCCGCCGGCUGUGGCGGCAAUUCGGCAGCAGCUUCUCUCUCUCUCCUGCCAUCUGCGGCGACAAUUCGGUGGCGACAGGCCUUUUUCACUGCUUGGGGCAGCAAAAACGGUAGAGCCGGCCCUGCUCCACCAAGUCCUAAUCCAGGGCCAUGCGGUGGGCAGCAAGGUCCUGCACCCUAAUGGGCUGUGCCGCUGCUCCCCUGCAUUGCUUCCCACCAGUCUCCUCUCUCAGAAGGGCAAAGCAAAGACAUGUAAGGAAAAUAAAUCAAAAGAUAAAUCCCAGGCCUUGCAGGUAUCCAAAGUCCCUUUUCCCUCAGCAGGUCAGGUAGGUUCUUAAUAGUCAAGGGCUCCAGGCAGCUGGCCCUUCCAUAGUACUCCCUCUGAGGAGCUAAGAGUGUAGGCCUGCUCACCUCCACUGACUGACUACUAUUGAGUUGCUCUGCUCCUCCUCCGGUGCGUGCAUGCAUUGCAGGUGGGGCUUCCUAGGCCCAAAGUAGCUCUUUGACCCAGUCUUUUCCAGUGCAGGAUUUGUACACCCCAUCACACCCCUUCAUCUACUAAUUCAGUAAUUCUGUUUUAUUAUAUGUGUUUUACUGUAGUUCCCAGAGGCCUCAGGAAGGAUCAAGGUCCAAUUUUGCUAGGUGCUGUACCAAAUGCAGACUAAAAGAACAGCUUCUGCCUUGGAGUGUUUACAAUGUAAUAAAGGGUGAAGAAGGUAUGAAGACACACGUGGGGAAAAGAAACAAGAGGCAUUGUGGUUGGUGUCACUGAAUGAUCGAUUAUCACAGUUGAAUGACUGUAGUGUGUGUGCAGAGAUGCACAUUACUGGCGCUUUGAACAAAGAUGACACUGAGGCAGUUGUCUGCCGUGCUCCCAGCCACAGGGGGUCAUGCCAUCAUGGACAUCACUGACCCAUGUACACUGUGGGUAUGUGAUGAAAAAGUAAAUUGCCACAGUGGCAGCUAGAGAUUUGGUUGGGUGCCACUAGUUUCAUCUUUUGUCCCUUGGUGUCCGUCUCUCGCCCCCACCCCACCCCACCCCGAGAAGAAGUAGGUACAGUAUAACCUCAGAGUUAUGAACUGACCAAUCAACCACACAUCUCAUUUGGAACCGAAAGUACACAAUCAGGCAGCAGCAGAGACCAAAAAACCAAAACCACAAGUACAGUACUGUGUUAAAUGUAAACUAUUAAAAAAUAAAGGGAAAGAAGCAUUUUUCUUCUGCAUAGUAAAGUUUCAAAGCUGUAUUAAGUCAAUGUUCAGUUGUAAACUUUUGAAAGAGCAACCAUAAUGUUUUGUUCAGUUAUGACCAUUUCAGAGUUAUGAACAACCUCCAUUCCGGAGGUGUUUGUAACUCCGAGGUCUACUGUAUUUAAAAGAGGGGGAGGGGGGAAAGAAAAGGGUAGGUGCUUUAAAACCAUAAAGGAAUUAUAUGAACCAGAAAGGGCCUGGCAUUUAUUAUUGAGGUAUAGACAAAACCUGUUAUGGGGGACUGUCAAAUGCGCAGCGUGAACACCACCUGCCCCCAGUGUCUCUGUUCUUGUAUCUUUAAUUUUGUCCCCUUUUUUGCCCCAGCUUAACCGUUUGGUUUGGGAGGUAUGUUGCCUUUGUAUCAUAGAACAGCUAUGUAAAAAAUAAACAAAAAAAGGCCUUCUAGUGAGAGACUUAGAGAGCUCAAUCUGUUUAGCAUAGCACUGAGGUUGAGAGGUGACCUCAUUACAGUGCAGAAGUUCUUUCAUGGGGAGAAGAGGCUGGGUACUAACAGGCGCUCUCUACUUUAGCAGAGAAAGGCAUUACAAGAACCAAUGGCUGGCAGCUCAAGUCAGACAAACUCCAGUUACAAACUAGGCACACAUUUUUAACAGUGAUGGUGAUUUAACCAAUGGAACAACCUAUGCAGGAAGUGGUGGAUUCUCAAUCUCUUGAUGUCUUCAUAUCUAGACUGGAUGCCUUUCUGGAAGGUAUGGAAGGUAGUCAAACCUAUGUUACUGGGUUCAACGCAGGGGUAAAUGGGUGAAAUUCUAUGGUCUGCUUCAUAGUGGAGGUCAGAUUAGAUGGUCAAAUAGUUUUUUGGCUCUGAAAUAUAUGAAGCAGGUUGGCUUUUGUCUUCCUAUCUUUCCACCCUAUUGUUUGAGAAGAGAGAUCCAAUGAAAGGUGGGUAGCAUUACGGUUCCCGGCAGUAUAAUCUGGGCAGAAAAUCCAGAUCUGUGAAAUGACUGAAGAUGAUAUUGUGUUGCCAAAGGGCUGCAAGCAUGCAAUUAACAGUUGGGGAGACAAGGAGAAAGGCAAGAAAUAAACGUACAUCUCUUACCUCAUUUGUGUGAAACCUUGCAGGACUGGAGACAGUGAGGCAAUGUGGUGUUGAUGUGCACUUUCAUAGCACCCAACUAUCUCCUGGUUAAAGAUUCCUUCACAGUUAGGAUGCCCCCGUCUUCCAGCUACACAUAAGUGAAGCAGAAAUCCCUCCUUCUAUACAGAAUCUAUCAGUGUUGAGUCAACUUCAGGAGCUCUGUCUCAGUUCUUCAGCUCAGUUGUAUAGUCUGUGUGGAUUCUCCCCUAGACUAAAGCAAGUAGGGAAUUGGUGGGCUUGCUAUUGCCUUGGCAGGACAUCUGAUGAAAUAAAGUACUUCCUUGCAUUUUAUCGCCUAUAAUCAGGAAUUGAUUCCACUUCCCUGGUGUGACAUAACGAAAGAUGCCUCCCUGCAGAAGUGCUCCACUGGUGGCCCCUGGUUUGAUAUGGAAGGGGCAGGUGGCAGGUGUCUUCCUAUGGAAGAGCUUUGCUGCACCCAGCUUCUGACAGGAGAUGAUGUGGCUGGAGAGAGUGUUGUUCCCACUGGUAUCAUGGUCUCUAAUAAUGAGAGGGCAAUGACCAGCUUUAAAAUGCACCAAACUGCAUCUCCUGGCAUGUUUCAAAAUAAAUGUAAAAUUCCUAUACUGAUAGGGCAGUGCCCCAUGCCAACUCUGAAAUCGGCACUGAUAUCUGGUGCUAGCAGCUGUCUUUGUUGCCCGGAAUGGUGUAUUCUAGUUCUUGGUACUGGAAGGUCUGCUAUUAAUACCCUGAACUGAGGCCAUGUGCAUUGAGCUGGCCCCUGGGCAGAGCUGAAGUCUAAGAAUUCCCUCUCUCUCUCUCACCUUUGGCUGCACCAGAGACUAAGCCAAAAGCAGGAAAAGCUAGAAGAAACUUGAUCAUUCAUCUGUCAUGGGCAGCCUAUCCAAAGAGAGCACUGGGAUGGUUUUCUCCUAGAAGCCUGUAUGCAGCACUAUGUACAUAUCACAAGUGUUUUGUGUGGUCAUGGAGUUUCCCUAUUAACAGGGCUUGGACUCCAGACUGUUAGGGCUAUUUGUUUGUUUGGUAAGGUUGUAAACAAGGAAAACUCAUGUCUGUGUCCCUUGGUCUAAAAACAUGCUGUGUACUCUCUGAGAAUCUUUGUUCAGAUUGUAGAAACUGGAAAUAAAAUCAAUAUUCAAAAUAAA